AUGAAGGCUGCAUCUGUUUCUCUGCUCCUUGGUGUGUGUGUGCUGCUGCUGUCUGCACUGAGUGUUUCUGCAGUCUCUCUGUCUGUCUGUCCAAACCUUCAGCAGUUCUUCAGAGGAUCUUCUUCAGUGUCUCUGAAUUGUGUUGAUGGAUGGACAGUGAAGAGGACCAGAGGAGGACACACUGAGGUCUGUGGAGCAGCGGGAGGUUUUGAGAGGGUUGAUGGUUCCUCCUGUCUUCUGGAUCUCUCCUUCUCCUCUAAUGGAAGUUACUUCUGUGUAAACCGUUCUGGACAGCAGAGCGAUGAAGUCUCCAUCAGUGUUUCAGAUGAUUCUCUGAUCCUGGAGAUCCCUGCACUUCCUGUGAGGACAGGAAGUGACGUCACCCUGCAUUGCAGACAAAAGGAUGUUGACACCGUGGCAGCUUAUUUCAGGUUUAAUGGAAGUAAUGUUGGAUCUGGACGUAAAUCAGAGCACACCAUCACUAACAUCCAGCAGUCUGAUGAAGGUCUCUACUCAUGUUCCACUGAUACAUUUGGAUCAUCUCCUCAGAGCUUUCUGAGGGUCAGAGGUCAGCACACUGAGAUCGCUUCCUGUUUAAGGACCAGCACUAAUCUGCUGACCUGA